AUGCAGUGGAAGCAUCUGGCGCCGGCCAUUUGGGCCAUUGUAGACGUUGUUUCUGCACAAUGCUGCGCCACUGCAGCUAUGAUGCGGUUUCAAUGCUCCCGGCUCGUCGUUGAACGCGUCGAUCCCUUGGGCUUGAAGGGUGAAGAAGGAAUCACCGUCUACUACAUACCCCCCUACGACGGCAAGACCAAGGUCAAAGCAUUCCCUCCAGGAUUUCGCAUGCUCGUGGGGGACUCUAUGCUUCGAAAGUCCCAGGGUCAGCAAAAGCAACUCUGUCACCGUUGCUAUACCAAUCUCAACCAGGACCCCUUUGGAGGGGCUCCAUGCGCCGACGGCAGUGGGAUGGACACAGCCGCGCUGCCUUCCAAGGCAUGUGAUGGAGGGAUCCGUGCCACCAUAACCUUCCCUACUUGCUGGGACGGCAAGAACCUGGAUAGCCCGGACCACAAGAGCCACGUAGCCUACCCAUCGAGUGGUAGCUUCGAGUCGGGAGGGCCAUGUCCAUCAACUCACCCUGUAAAGCUCCCACAAGUGAUGUACGAGGUCAUGUGGGAUACUCGAGAGUUUAACGACAAGUCGCUGUGGCCAGAAGAUGGGUCUCAGCCGUUUGUGUACAGUAUGGGAGACGCAACAGGCUAUGGGUGGCAUGGCGAUUAUCUGUUCGGGUGGAAGGGCGAUGCCCUCCAACGGGCGCUAGACGCACGAUGCACAGGAAAUGCCUGCAAAACAUUGAAAACUCAAACUUCAGAUGUCUCGACAGCUUGCAAGAAGCAGCAGAACAUCAAGGAGGACGUGGAUGGCUGGUUCAAAACCUUGCCGAGCACCGUCAAGUAA